CUCAGCCCUCGAUGAGGUAAACUCUAUGACUCAGCCUGCCAAAUGCAAGCUCACCACAGCAUUGCGAUGGUAAGAGCGGAUGCAGCGCAGCAGCGAGUUGUUGGGGACGUGCUGCAUUUCCAAACUAUUUUUUCAGCCUUGAGGGAAGACUGCUAUCUGCUACAUGCUUUUGGGACGAGAACACUGCACAGGUAUCAUCGUCCAUAAAACCCCCAUACCUUCAUAGAUUCCUGGAGGGAACAAAACGUUUAAAAAAUGCAUUGAUGCUUGAGCAGCAGCCUGUCUGGAUAUUUUUGGUUGGCAAAUUUCCUUCUGAGUCUGCACGUGAAAAGUCAGGGAGAAAAUUACCCACGUGGACUGCGCACAACUGCAGACGUUAACUUGGUACUGUGGACAUUUGCUAUCUUGGGUGCGAGCAGACAUCCAUGAUUCAUUGUUGGCUUUCAAACAUCUUAUUUUUAGAGUGGAGAAACCAAGCUUGCAAGGAACAACGCUCUUAAAACGGAGAGGGGUCAAGAGUUCGCAACUAUAGCCUUAAAUGCCGCUCUAAUGAUGAGUGUACCUGCCCCUGGCAAGAACUCAACGAAGCGGAGAGGCAAGCAGAUUUCAUUCUUUGCUGAAAGUACCAGAACUGUUCGACCAAACCCAGCUCGCCAGAGGAAGAACGGAAUGCUGCACAGUGAAGUGAAUGUCUCUGAGGGCCUGGCUGAAGCACAGCAACCGCCCAAGGCCACAGUUCCUGUCACCGGGGUGCAUUGCCACCCUGUGGCUGCUGCGGAAGUGGAAAUGGAUCAAGAGAAUCUGACCAAAGGUGGCACUGUCCCACCAAACUGGGCUGCCUCCAUUCUGAUUGAUCGUUUGCCCACCAAAGGUGAGCUGAACUGGCAACCAGCUAACCAGGGCGUCUCCUGGAGUCAAAAUGAAGCCCCUUUCUGUGCCAGUAGCAGGGCUGCAAGCAAUGUUCCAAGAUCCUUCCUAAACACUCUGGCACAGCAAGAGAGCACAGCCCAUCUGUCACAGGAAUGCCUCCAAAGGCUCCAGGAGAACAAAGACAGUGGGUCUCAGCUUGACUUAUUUGGGGAUGCAAUAAAACAGAUGGAUGAGAAAGCCCAAUUAGCAAAGAAGCUGGCCAAGCAAUCGGUUCACUCAUUAAGUGAGCUACAGAAACCACAACUACAGAACCCCCUACAACACCAAUCCCAGCAGAACCUCCUACAGCAUCAACACCAAUCCCAGCAGAACACCCAGCAAAAUCCACUGCAGCAUCAACACCAUUCCCAGCAGAAUCCACUGCAACACCAACACCAAUCCCAGCAGAACCUGCUGCAACACCAAUCCCAACAGAACCCACUGCAUUACCAACACCAGCCCCAGCAGAACACACUUGUGCAUCAACAACAGUCCCAGCAGAACCCACUGCUGCAUCAACACCAGACAAACAAACUGCAUAUCCGAACGCAGCUUUCAGCGCAGCAUGAGCUCCAACAGAUCCGACUGCAGCAUCAACACCAGCAGAAUCAAAGGCAGUACCAGCAGAAUCAAGCUCAACACCAGCAGGCUCAACUGUUGCAUCACCAGGAGCAUCAACAGCAACAAACGGGUCAUGAAACGUUGCUUCAGCAUCAAUACUUCCCGUUUCCAUAUGGACAAUGCCAGAAGCAGGACCUGCCCCCAAACUCAGUAUUACACCUGUUCCACCCAUCUCGCCAGCCACCACUUCCUCAUUACAGCCAUACAACACAAGCCACAUGUCAACAACACCUUUUCCAACAGUUCUUCCCUCACCAACAGCCACCCCAAUCUCUCGGUCUCCACAGGAUUCAGACAAGUCAGGGGCCAGAAGAAUCCACGCAUCUGAUAGUUUCAGCACCAUCUCAGUUACAGCAAUCAUCUGAUGUACAGAUCAGCAAAGGAAUCCAGAGGUCCACAGGUGAUCACAAUCAGGAACUUCCUCUACGUCAUAUAGGGAGCGAAUUUCAAGCACCCUUAGCAAAGCAGAUUCGAUGUACCAUCAAGGAAAGGAAGGUGAAACCCUGCCAAUAUGAGAUGCAGAGACUUGAAAAUGAGACCAUGGAAAGUACCUACCAGCAUUUGUCACUUGCAUAUGGGCCAGAGCUCCAAAAAUUGCUAAACAUGCCAAAGUAUCAUGGUGCACAGAACGAACACAAGCUGUUUGAGGUGGAUUUGCCUCAAUCCAAGAGCAUUGAAGCACAUGCUCAGAUUAAUGAGGACAUCGGGAGUCAGAGAGAACAUGAGAAAAGCCAGGUGAAUCAAAACAAUAGAAAGUGUGCUCAGGAAACUUCAUCGGACGUUGACGAGGCAGCUGACAGUAUUACACAAAGCACAACAAAAGGAGGGACAAUUUCUAGCGAGACCAAUGGGCUCCGAUCACAACAGUGCCUGCCCAUUCAAAACUCCCCCACUGAGGCUCAGGUGAAUGACGGUAAGGAAGAAAAGAAGAGGAUGUCGGAGCAAUCGAGGGUUGAGAGUGCCCUGUCAGAAGCGGCAUCUCCAGGGGACCGACAUGAUGACAGCUGCCUGGUACCACUGGUAAUACCCGUGUCGGUGCCAGUCAGAAGCACCAAUCAGAAAGGAGACGGGGAAUCGCAGAAGAAUCUGUCAAGUGAGAGGGAUUUGUCUGAGUCGAAAUCCACUCCAUUGACCACCCGCAAGCGCAGAUUGAGUCGAGGUUCUGGAGGUGGACCCUCCAUACAGGAAGUUGAACGCGCCAGAGGUCAGCUGAACUUGGCGGCCAAAUUGAAACGGCGCCCCAGGCCGGAGCCCCUCUUCAUUCCGCCCAAACUUCUCAACCAUGUCUCGGUCAUUGCUUACCCACCUGGUGCCCUCUAUCAGAGCAACCUUCGAUCGCCCAUCAGAUUGCCUGAGUACUCCGUGGACAGGAACUUCCAACCACCGCCCUACACUCCCCCGCCCAUUCUCAGCCCCAUGCGGGAGGGCUCGGGACUUUACUUCAACGCCAUCUUGUCAGCUACAACCAAUUCGUCCCAACCGGUCACUCCAAAGUCUACGCCCAAAUUCUGUUUAAGCCGAUCAAACAGUGUUGAUACCCCACCUCCAUUCCUGCCCCUCAUGAAUGAAGCCACUCCUGCAAGCAUUGAACCGCGAAUCAACAUUGGCCCCCAGUUCCAGGCAGAAAUACCUCAGCUCCGUGACAAGUCCCUGGCUGCGUUGGAUGUCAACCAUGCCGACCUGGUAUUCAAGCCCUGGGAAAGUCCUAAAAGCUAUCGGCUUAACCAACAAAUAAUGGAGGACCUGAUGACUGUGGCCUGCUCCGAUAUUUUACCAGGUGGAGGUACUAACCAGGAGCUCGUCUUACACUGUCUGCAUGAGGCCAAGGGAAAUAUAUUGGCAGCCCUGAACAUGCUGCUGAUUAAGAGGAAUCCACGGGGCAGGAACAAGGCGCUGAUCAAUUAUCACUAUGCAGGCUCAGAUAAGUGGACGUCUCGAGAGAAGGUGAUGUUUAAUAAAGGGCUGGCAGCGCACAAAAAGGAUUUCUUCCUUGUUCAGAAGCUGGUGAAAACAAAGACAGUGGCCCAGUGUGUGGAAUUUUACUAUACAUACAAAAAGCAGGUCAAAAUUGGCAAGAAUGGAACGUUGAUAUUUGGUGACACUUCCACCGCUGACAGUAAGAUUGUGGCUGAGCCAAGCACAGUUGACAGAAAGGAUUCACUCCGUCGUAAAACCCGCACCCCUCUUGCACCAAAUUCUAAGAAUGAGUUGUCAGAGGAGGUGAAAGAGGAGGUUAAAGAGGAUGCAGACGAAGAUGAGGAAGAGGAAGAGGAAGCUGAGGAUGAGGACGAGGAAGAAGAAGAAGAAGCAGAAGAAGAAGAAGAAGAAAAGGAGGAAUACAAACCUGAUCACAAGAAAUUGAUCGUGACUCAGCAGGCCCAGGAUGUUCACCUGCGGAAGAAUCACGACCCCACGUAUCGAUGCAACUACAGACCACGACCGCGACCACGACCGCGACCUCCAGCGACUGUGGCUGCUUCACGUACAUCAUCUAGGAACGAGCGUGCGCAGUUGGGUGACUCAACCAAGCUUGCAAAGCAAGCUCAAGAAAAUAUCUUCCCUUGCAAGAAGUGUGGGAAGGUAUUCUACAAAGUGAAGAGUCGAAGUGCACACAUGAAAAGCCACAGUGUCCAGGAAAAGAAGCAGAGGGAGUUAGAGUUAAAACAACGAGGUCUAGAUGAAAAAGAGCUGCCAAAGGAGCACGAGGGGUGCAACGAUUAUUCCUCAUAUUGCCGGGACAUUUAAUUUAUGCAAUGGUGAUAAAGCAAACUAUUUCAAUUUGACCUUCAAACAGCUGUGGAACCUGAGACAUGAUCUAUGGUCUUAUCUGGAUACGUCGUUGAAUGUCAGCAUGGGUGCACUGGACACCAUCCCUCUGGGUAAUUCAAACUCAAUUUUGUGUCUCUCUUGUUCCUGCCUGCAGACUCUUAAAUGGAAGGUAGAGACUGCAUUUUGUCACCGUAGCCAAUUUGCUCAAACACGUUGGUCUGAAACGACAAUCAACAACUGAGGCCAGAAUGUUGGAACAAUGUAAAAUGUCAUAAUUCUCUAAUUCUGUCUAGCUGAUGGAGCAAAACCUAUCACUUAGUUUUCUUUUUAAAACAGUUGCCCAACAUAUUUCUCGCUGAGAUUCAAAACAUGCUUGGAUGCUGUGAAAGUGUUGUACAUCAAUUGUGUAGGUUGCUAAAUAUUGUAUCACACAGCAGAAUUUAAAAUAUUCAGUAUAAAAUAAUUACAAUAUUCUGGUUUUGCAUCACACCAGGCAGAAUGAAGUUACAUGUUGGCACAGUUAGAAUUGUAAAGCACAAACAUUUGGCUAGUUUAUAACUUCAUUUAUGCAGUUGGACUAAUUAGAAUUAAUGUUCCCAGUAAAUGUUCAUGUCAAACCGCAUCUUGAAAUUGAAAGCUGCCUUACUGCUCAGUAAGAUGAUUAUCAAUCUUAUUCGUGUGAAACACAUUGGGACCUUCCUGUCAUUAUCAUUUAUCCCAAUUCUUUGGUUAAAUAACUUCCAUUAUAUCUAAACACAGCACAUUCCAAAUCAACACUCCAGUGCCCUUCAUGUGAAUACUGGGUGCGCCUUUGUGAGACACCACAUCCUAAACGUUGAAAAGUGCUGUCUGCUUCAGAAACUAGUUACAUUAUCCAUUUCUCCCAAGUCCUCUCCAAUCCACCUGUGUCACUAUUUUCCCUACCUUAAAGGCACAGUGAGUAUUCUGGAAAUAAUUUCCCUUUGUAAAUUUUCCAAUCCAGUUUUCCCUCUAAUAAAUAUGUAAACAUUUUCUUCUGUGGCCCUUCCGCUUGUGUUAUCAAGUCCAAUGGUGACUUGUCACAUUGUUUUCUGCCUUGUAGCAUGGAAUAAGGCUAUUUGCCCAUUAGACCCGUACUUGGAAUUGUGCAAAUAGGAAACGUUAAUUUUGCUGAAGAUCCUGAUGCAAACUUUAUGUAUAUUUUUAAAAAAAAGAGCAUGGUAUGUUGCCUGCUACACUAAAUUGGUACCUGGACCUUCCUUCAGUUUCUAUGCAGUCAAUUUUUCUUUCAAUUUUUUUUUUCCCCAAAAUUAAGUGGCAUGAGAGUUAUUUGAAGUGGCAAAGAAAUUUCAGGUUAUAGCAGUAGAAGUGCAACAAAUCAUCCUCAUUAAUACUUCAUUUUCCUUCCACAACAAAAGGAAUAGGGUAAGGUGGUGGGUUCUGUUAUUCACCUGGAUAGUCUGCAUCAAUUUUCUGUGGUAUGGUUGUCAUCUCCAGUUGGAUAUAUAUCUUGCAGGUUUCAUCAUUUCAAACUACCUAUUUGUUUUUAUCCUUAUGUUUUUUAAAGUAAAUAUGUCAACCCCAAAUGGAAGAAAUUACAUUUUUAAAGGACUUUCUUAAAGUUGCAUUCUGCAGUAUCUAACAGCAAGAACAAAGUAACUUGUAUGUCUUGCCAGUGAGGUCACACUGCUAACAUUGCUGAUUACACCCACUGUUACCGAUAGUGUCAACCACUUCCUCACUGGUAGGAUGUACCUGUGUUUACCAGCUUUCUUUUCACAUCGAUCUCUAAAGAUUAACCUUUAAUUUAUCAUGUGCCCAGGGCAAUCUGGAAACGUUGGCAAGCUAUGCUUCAUUCAGUGAUACAAUAUUUAUUAUGUAAAACGUAAAAUAUUGUCUACUGUGGAAAUCUGAAACACAAAAACAAAAUGUUGGAAGUAUUCAGCAGGUCAAGCAAGAUAUGUGGAGAGAGAAAAAAUUGACUUUAAGAUAAAUACAUUUUUAAAGAAUAGAACUAUAUUUAAUAUUAAAAAUAAUUUGAAUAGGAUUAUUUUUUAGAUUCUAGGGUAAAUAGCCACUAAGCUAAACAACCCUAUUUUUUUUAAUAUAUAUAUCUUAAAUGUGAUACUGCAGCUUUUUGCUCAUUAUGCUAUUGUACAUACAGCACAAAUUUGUAUAAAUCAUUUUAAGCUAUGGCUGUGAGCACUGAAUUAAACAGCCUAUUUUAACAUGAGCCUUGUAAAUAUAUUAAAAUAGAUAUUAUUUAUUCUUACAGUUAUUUGGUUUCUGUAUACAAACUUUAUAAGAUUUGUAAUGUCAUUGAUUUUAGCAAGGCUGGCCUGAACAUUGUUUUCUGUGAAUGGUUUUGUAAAUAUCUUUUCGACAAUCCUUUUGCUCCUUUCCUUUUAAAACUUCAGCUAAGAGUGGGUUAAAAAUGCCCUUUGGAAUAUAAUUUUUGUAUUAAUGACAAUGUUAUGUGUUACAAAGAAAAUCUAAACCAUUAUUAAACAUUGCUGCCUCAACUGGAA